UGUCGUUUUUUGGCGCGAAAAUCCGCACCAGGACAGGAGUUUUCCUUCCGUAGAAGGUAAACAGCUCGGAGAAGGGGAUUCACUUUCAGUUUUUUUGUAAAGUAAGGACAGUAUGCACUGGGAGUGUAGUUUUUAGCAAACUAACAACACAACUAGACUUCCACUCCGUUGUCAGUUGGCAAAACUGUUAGUGUGCACUCAAAACUGCGUGUUGUAAGAUCUCGUUAGGGUGUUACUGUAAUAUUACAAUGGCAGAUGCUCUGUCCGAUGCUAGUGAUCUCAGUGGAGCAGAGGAGAGCCAAGAGGAUGUAAUGACUCCAGCAGAACUCAUCGCCAAACUGGAGGAGGCUUGGCUGAAUGAGAAGUUUUCCCCAGAACUGCUGGAGAACAAAUCAGAGCUGGUGGAGUGUGUGAUGGAGCAGCUCACACACAUGGAGGAAAAUCUCCAGAGGGUGAGGAAAGGCGAUGUGAAGGCCAGUGUGCAUCGCAUGGAGAUCGAUCGUAUCCGCUUUGUUCUUAGCAGCUACCUCCGCUCAAGACUACAGAAGAUAGAGAAAUUUUUCCCUCAUAUUUUGGAAAAGGAAAAGUCACGUGCGGACGGGGAUCCUUCGUUUUUGUCUCCCGAGGAGUUUGCCUUCGCUAAAGAGUAUCUGGCCAACACAGAGGUGUACCUUCGAGCCGUGGCUCUGAAACACAUGCCCCCAAACCUGCAGAGCAUUGACAUGCUGAAGGCUGUUCCUGAGCCAUGUCUGGACUCGUUUGUGUUCCUGAGAGUGAAGGAGAGGCAGGAGAACAUCCUUGUGGAACCUGAGACAGAUGAGCAGAGGGAGUAUGUUGUGGACUUGGACGAAGGUUCCCAGCAUCUAAUGCGUUAUCGUACUAUAGCACCUCUAGUGGCCAACGGUGCUGUGCAACUUAUUUAGAAGCUCACAGAACUUCAGCAACAGAAUGAAGAUGCCACAGAGGAACAGAUCAUCUCUGUACUCUGGCCCCUUACGUGGUGGAUGCCAAACUGAUGGCCAACUCUGUACAGACAAUAGAAAGCUGCUGUCAUUUGGACCCUGAACAUCUAUCUAUAUUUGAAUUUAAAAAAGGCAAAUUUACAUCACAAAACUGUCAUAAAAGGGAGGCGUCUUAUUAUAACUGCGGGAAAAAAAUAAGACAUUGUUAUAUGCAGUCUGACAGAUGGAUAUAUACCAAAACAAUACACUGCAGUAUUCAUAUGGAAAAUGCUUAAGACUGAAUAA